UAAAGCGGGCCAGACUUACAGAUCUGCGACAAUACACGCAAGCUGCAACGGUAGAGGGAGAGACACGCAGCUAAUCGUUAGUCCAUGCUGCAUACACACUCGACACUUGCUCUUCCAAGGUCACUGGCCGAAUGAAUCGAACUGAACAAUGGGGGGAAAGAUGGGGGGUGAAAGGGGAGGGCAGAGGGCAUGAACGGGGGCAGCACAACAACUGCACAGCGACCAUUUGUGCCCUCGGCCCUCUCAGUAUUUUGGCCCGCAAGAACGGGGAACGGGAGGGAGGGUUCAAGCAAGUUCUGCGUACCAUGGUUAACCUUGCGUCUCUUCUUGGGAUUCUUGCCAGCGCCACGACCCUCGUGGUCCUUGUCGCGCUCGGCCGCAUCGCCUUUGGCCGCCAUUUUGCUUCGCUCCACCACCUUGCUUCCCUUGGCAUCCAUCGCACCCGGCGCCGUGGUGGUGGUGGUAGUGGUGGCAGUGGCCGUAGCACCGGUAGCCUUCCGCUCGCUCAUUGCUGUUGUGUACGCUCAAUCUUUCUCUUCCCCCCCAGUGGUUCCUUCUUUUCCAGUCCCGUUGGUUUUUCUUCCGUCUCUCUCUCUUCUCUCUUCGCUAUACUCUCAUCUCCCGAUUGCUCGGCCUCCCAUUGGAUCUGUCUGCCUCGGGAAGGGUUACGCAAACGUCCAGAUUGCAGAUCAUCGAACGGGAAAAUCGUCCCAGCUAUCCGGCUCGCCUCAGACGCUUCCCGAUGGCGCAACUAGCAUGCCCGAAGCUGUGCAGCCCUCUUUGGCCCCUCAGCAGCAAGGCAGGAAGCAAGCUUAAGCGCAAAGGCCGGGUCUCCCCCGUCUCUCUCUCUUUUCGCCCGCGCAAAACGGAAGAGGUCGUGUGAGGGCCAGACAAACCCGCCCGUCUCUGUCCGUGGCCGGAUAUCGUCUCUGUAUCGCUUGGGAUGGCGGAAUCAGGGCCGGACGCGGGCUCUGCCAGGCAGGAAUGGGAUGCAGAGGCAGAGUUUUGCCAGCAAAACAAGAAUCGAGUUGAGCACGAGAGCAAAAACGCAUCAGCAGGAAGCGCAAGUGCUGCUUUGAGGCACCGGCAAGUUCAGCUGGGCCCUCCCUUUUGGUGGGGACCUGGAGCCAGUGGACCGAGCCUUUUCGCCUUGGCGGCCAGCGCUAGCCCGGCCGGUUGGGUACCUGCGCCAGAAGGAUUU